AUGCCUUUCAUCGAGUGCUCCUCCCCACCCAUCAAAAUGGGCAACCCCCGAAUUGACGCUGCUUCCCAGGGAAAAUUGCUGCCUACUAUCAUCGACGAGCUGGCUCGCGAUGAGCCCAAUGGUCUCUGGAUAGAAUACCCUACCUCCCCAACGGAUUUUGACUCUGGAUAUAGCCAGAUUACUUAUGCCGAACUUGCAAAUGCUGUGAACGGUGUUGCCAAUUGUAUUACCAGUGCUUUGGGAAGAGACAAUACAGGAGAGUCACUGGCCUGGUUAGCGCCCAAUAGUCCCUUGUGCUCUAUCACGCUUAUUGCGGCCAUGAAAGCUGGCUUCAAGUUGUGUUUGAUAUCAGAAAGAAAUACAGUGGCUCAGAAUCACAAGCUAUUAGAGGACAUCGAAUGUUCUAUCAUAAUCACGACAAAUGCGGUCUUUCCACAGGUUCGAGCCACUUUGCGUGGAAAACAGAUCUCCGUUAUAGAGCUGCCUCUAUUUGAGCAGCUCCUACAUGAGCACCAAAGAAGAUAUGAGUAUAAUAAGGAACUGAAGUUCCUGUACUACGAGACCGCUUUUAUCAUCCACAACCCGUGUUGCACAGGAUCUCCGAAGCCCAUGUUACUAUCCCACAGUUUCAUCGCAAAUGUAGCACGUAGUGUUGGGCUCUCUGCUCCAGAAGGCUAUGAAACCCAGAGCUCCAUGCUUGGGAACAAUAGAUGCCUUCUGCUUUGUCCUCUGAGUGAUCCGGCUGGCGUACACUUCGGUGUUUUAAAUGCUAUCUUUAAUAACACAACAGUUAUCCUGCCACUCCCUGAGGUGCCUCAAACAGGCCGAAGUUUGACGCAGACGCUCCGACAUAUUGACGCAGCUUGGGCAGUUCUAGCUCCAUCAACCUUAGAAGCCAUGUCAAAUGAUCCGUCGUCCCUAGAGGAAGUUGCGAGUCGUCUCGAAUGCCUUGUAUUUGCAGGGGGUGGUCUUGCUAAAAGAUAUGGCGACUUGAUCGCUUCCAAGAUCAAACUUAUGCCCUCGCCACAUUCACCUGAAACAGGGCAGCUUCCCACGAUAUAUCGACAUGAACAUGAUUUCAGAUACGAUUGGAAUUACUUUCGGUUCCACCCUGCUGUGGGUGCAAGAUUUAUCCCGAAGUCUGCGGGAGUACAUGAGCUCGUAUUCAAUAGAACGCCUGCCGCCGAGCUGUAUCUGCCGAUUUUGGCCAACUCAUACGAAUUUCUGACGCAAGAUUUAUACGCCAAGCACCCAACUAUACCCGACACAUGGACUCAUGCACCGCAAGUGAUACCUUUGAUUCAUGGAGAAAAGUCAGAGCCUAUCGACUUCAACAGAAAUGUAUGUAGCUUUUCAGAUAUCUCAGCUACUCUCGAGCAGGUUCCUGGAGGUUAA